AAUAAGCGAGUUACAACAACUGUAGAUGGCUUCGUCAACGGACCAAAGCUCAAUGAAAACGAUGCCGUCUUCUCGAGGACUUGGAUCUAUUUCAGACCUCAAAAACCUCUUUCCUACGAAAACACACUUUUUGAUUUUCGUAGGGUACAUGGCCCUAUUUAUAAGCCAAGGCAUCCUUGUUACAGCAACUAAAGACAAAAGCAACCACUACUCGUAUAAUACUGUCACUGUGGUUCUACUGACGGAAUUCGUCAAACUCAUAAUUGCCGUAGGAAUUCAGCUUCAAACAUCAACCUUCGGGGAGUUCUUGCAGCAUAUCCGAUCUAAUGUUAAAGUGCUGGUACUUUAUGUGGUGCCUUCUUUCAUGUACUGUCUCUACAACAACUUGGCUUUUGUGAAUUUAGCCAACUAUGACCCAACAACUUACUACCUCCUGCUGCAGUUUAGAGUUGUGGUAACUGGAGUAAUCUUUCAGAUAUUGUUUAGUAAGAAGCUGAGUGGGCUUCAGUGGGUAUCUUUGCUGUUGCUAACAUCUGGUUGUAUUAUCAAGCAGAUCAAAUUUGAGAACCUUGCGGCAGGAAGUAGCUCUUUCUCCAUACAGUUUGACAUUCAUCUUCUGUUAAUCCUUGUCCAAGUGUUUUGUUCCUGUUUUGCUGGUGUUUAUAAUGAGUAUUUGUUAAAGGGUAAAGGUGGUGAUGUGCCAUUUAUGGUUCAGAAUUUUUUCAUGUAUGUAGACUCGGUCUUGUGUAAUUUUGCCGUUCUCUGGUACAAUGGCACAUUAUCUGAUGCAUUUACUGGAGAAAGCCUAGCAUCCAUUGCCAGAGGUAAAGUUUUGGCCAUUAUUUUCAAUAAUGCUGGCAUUGGCAUAACCACAGCAUUGUUCCUGAAGCAGCUGAAUUCUAUUCUUAAGACUUUUGCUAGUGCACUAGAGAUCAUGUUCACUGCUGUAUUGUGCUGGAUUAUCUUUGGAAUUCCAGUUGAUAUUUUCACGUUCGUUGCCAUUGCUAUUGUUUCUUAUGCAGUAAUUCUUUAUGCUCAUAAUCCUGUAGAUAACACACCCAAGCCUGUAGAGGGCAAUCAGAAAUCAAACACUAGUGUUUAGAAGCUAAUUUCUUUUUAAAAUCACACACACACCUAAGAGAGGAAGGUACCCAAAGAAAUAAGUUUUGUCUGUAGGUAUUAGAUACCAGGAUAGUGGGUUACAGGUGAACUAGCUGAACUUGAAUAAAAGAAUAUCCAAGACAUGUCAGUUGAAGUUUUGGAAUGGAAAAGAUUUUAGAAAAUGAAUUCAAGGUAGAAGGUAGACUUGAAGCUGGAGAUGACAGUCAGGUUUUCUCCAAGUUUUGUAGUGAGGAGACAAUACUUAGCCCUUUGAGCAAAAAGAGUGAUCACCAUCUAAUAUCCUCUUACAUUAUCAUCCCUAAGUCACACAUGUGGAUCACAAGAAAAAGGGAAAUGAUCACCAACUAAAGAAGUUUUUGAUUGUUAAACAAGUUCUCCUUUUCAGCACCCCUAGGAAAUUUAUAGAGAAUAGUAUGGAGAUUAUACAUACCAAUGUUAGGUGGUAAGGGAUUAAAAGAAGGCUAGCUAGUAUCUAGUUUAUUAGAUUUAAUAUGUUGUCUUUAACGUCUUCAGUCAAUGACCAAAGUGACCAAUGAAGUUCACCACUUCUGACUUAAAGGGAAAAGCGUUUUAAUUUAAUAUAUUAAUUUAUUUGUUUUCAUAAAGUUAUUAUCAAAUUUAGGUCUGUGUCAAGAUCAAUUUAUACUGCGCACUUAUUGCUUGUGAUUUUUGCAUGUAAACACCUAAGAAAUGAGAGAAUUGAUGAAAAAGGGAAAGUAGUUUGACCAACAAAUCACCCAUGACAACAUCAGAGGUAAAAAAAAAUUAAGGGUGUAAAUUGGUCUUGAAUUGCAGAUGAGCUAGUACAGAACACAUUCAUGCAGCUAAUUUUAGUUGAGUAUUACCAAGUAAAUAUUUUCUUUCUUUAAACUCUAAAUCUCCAGUUAACAACUAGCUUUUCAGACAUAAGAAAUUGUUUAACAAGAAUCACAUGCAUCCACAUCUACUAUUGGAAAAGGUUAAUAAGGUCUUAGUUAUGUCUUAGUACAGUACUGAAUUGUUCAGGAACACACUUACCAUCCACAUGUCAAAAUACACUUUCAUAUUUUUAUCUGUGAUAAAGUAGAUUACAUAGUCUAAACAGUUGAAGUUGGUAUUUUAUUAGCCAGGGCCCAGUUAUUCAAAGGGUGGAUAAUGCUAUCCAACAGAUAAAUUGCUCUCCUGUACAUCAGUGCUAACAAAAUGUACUGUGCUAUCCACUGGAGAGAGAUUUAUCCAUUGGAUAGUAUUAUCCACCUCUCCAACAACUGGGGUCGGGUUUUUUAAGUUUUCCAUUACUUUUAUCCAUUUGGGUUAAUUUUUCUUCCUUUUCCCCAUGCUCAAGAGGAAUAUAUUUUUCAUUUUUUAAGGGUAUGAUCACCUUUAAGUAAGGACAUGAAAUGGUUAAAAGCGUCCUGAAUUGUGUGUCCCACAUUAAGUCUUGGCACAAUUUCUUUAAUGAGAAAUAAAAAAACUAUUUCUGAAUUUUUCAAUUUGAUCCACCUCAAGCUUUUGUUAAGGAAGAUGUGUCAAUUGUGUUAGAUUCCACUCAAGGUAAUUUUAUUAGACACAUACUUAAAAAAAAAACCUUGUCAAUUAAAUUAUUGAAAGUUUGUCAACAAUAAAUUCAG